UUCACAAUCAAUUCAAUUCCAUACCAUCUAAUCCAAUAUCAUUCUAAAAAAAAAAUUUGAGAGAGAAAGCUAAGGGUGUCCAAUUGUCCAUAAUUGAAAGAUAAAAAAUAUGGCUGGGAAAAUUAAUUACUGGAUACCUUUAAAAGCUCUUAUUCACGGUAUACUUGCAGUUGCUCUAAGUUUUACAGCUUACUCAAAGAGAGUCAAGACUUAUGAAGUGUAUAGCUUUAGUGGGAGUUGUACAUAUCCAAGCAGUUCAGCCUGGUAUUAUGGUUUAAUUGCUGCAAUAGCUCUUCUGGCUGAGCAAGUUACAAUUUGUGUUGGGAUGAGAUGCUUUUGUAGUCGUAAAGUACAUUUUACUAAAAAAAUUACUGCUAUUAUCUCAAUGAUAUUCUUCAUUCUUUCCUGGUUUGCAUUUGUUAUAUCGUUCAUGGGACUAAUAUAUACAGCGGUCGUCAACAACCACAAAUUCCUAGUAAAAAAUCAUUCUCAUAACAAUGGUGGUGGUUGUUUCAUUGGCAAGGAGAAUUUAUUCUUAGGAGCCGCGAUUUGGUGUGUAAUUACAACCGUGUUAGGUCUAAUCUCAUACGGGUUUUGGGCGUGUAGUACCGAUAGCCGAGACACUAGUGAUCAAGCCGAAUAUGCUCGUUCGUAUGAGCAAGGUGUUGCUAUGGGUCAACCUCAUACGAGCAAGGUCUAACCAAAGGAACAAUGUUGAUUAUAUGAACGUAUGUUGGUUACGUACGUUGCAUAAACAAGUAUUGGUUGUACAUUGCAAGAUCGAUUCUUUUUAGUUAGAGGUUUAAUUAAUUUUUUUAUUUUGCCCUCUUGGAGUUUGGUGUGGUCUUAAGGAUUCUUGUAAUUUUUUGUUUAGUUGCUUGUAAGUGAGUAAUGGUAUUAACUUUAA